AUGGAUGAGUGUUGCCAGCAUCACCAUGACGACGGUCAUCACUGCACCGGCUGUGCUGCCACAAAGCUUCUGGAUGAGAUGUGCCAUCUGACAGCUCAGUCUCUGAUAACACUGGACACAUCGGAGCACUUCAAGGUGGUAAAGCUGCUCGGUGAAGGCUCAUAUGGAAAAGUUAUGCUGGCUGUACACAGGAAGAGAGGUACCCCAAUGGCUCUGAAGUUCUUCCCUCGUGAGUCCACCUCGCUCUUCUCUUUCCUGCGAGAGUAUAACCUCUCUCUGUCAUUCUGUACCCAUCCAUCCCUGACCAGAGCACUGGGAAUCGCAUACUUCACGCCAUCGCACUAUAUCUUCGCUCAACAAGCCAGUCUCUUCGGCGAUCUCUACGACGUCAUCGUACCUGAGGUCGGUAUGGCCGAGGACUGUUGUCAGCGAGUCGUGUCCCAGCUGUGUGGCGCUCUGUCCCACCUGCACUCUCUUGGUUUUGUCCACAGAGACGUCAAACCAGAGAAUGUGUUCCUGUGCGACUCUUCCUGCCGCUGGGUCAAACUGGGAGAUUUUGGCAUGGUGAAGGCCAAGGGCACGAGGGUUCCGGAGGUCUGGUACAGCUCGCCUUAUUGCACUCCUGAGGCCGAGGUCGCGCGAGGAAAUGAGGACAGCUGGAGUGCCAUGAAUGACGGUGUUAAGAUGGAUGGAGAGAAUAAGAAUCAAGCGAGAGUUUGGGGGUCUGUGGAGCCCAGCACAGAUAGCUGGGCGUUGGGGAUCCUGACAUACGCCAUGCUCACCGGCAGUCAUCCCUGGGCGGAGACAGCCAGCGAUUGCCACUCAUACCUGAAAUAUCAGGAAUGGUUUGACACAGCGAAAGGCCCCAAUGAUGAACUGGACGUGUGGGCGGAGCCACAAGAAGAGAGCAUGGACUAUGAAAUCAAUGGAAAUGAAGCAGGACUUGGAGAGAAAGACUGCCCUCCCAUAGCGCCCCAUUUUGCCUGUUUCACCUCGCUGGCUCACUCCCUCUUUCUGUCGCUUCUCGAUCCGAGGCCCCAGUGUCGCGGACGGCCCGAAGAUGUGUUGGCUUUCCUCGGAGGGGACUGGAUGGUGGAAAAAGAGAGAGAUCGACUGGAGGAGGAGAAGAAAAAGAGCAGAGGGAAAGGAGCCAUCAGGAGUGUGAAAGAGAUGGAGGGGAGAGGAGAGCGAUAA